CAUUGGCUGCGCUUUCAAAACAAUUGUCUGUUUUUUGUUUAACUUUCAUUUAGUUAUCGUUUAAUUAAUUCAUUUGUUUUGUGUAUGAAAUGCGUUAACCGUUUGCGAGACUAUUGUUUUGUCCCCCGAUUUGUGGCCAAUAGUGAGAGAAAUGUCGGCAAAAGUGUUGCGAUUCUUGUCUGUCGGCCGGUGUCUGACCCGAAGGCACGGCUUUGCCAUCAAUUGUCGCCGAUUUAUGGCAACGGAUGUCCAUUCGGACGAGUCUUCGGACGAUUGGGACCCAAAGGAUGGUCGAUAUGAGGAACCGCUGAUCCAUUUGUACGACACACACAUCCCGACCACAAUCACACAGAAAGUGUUGCUAUCGUUGGGAUCGGGUAUCGCUUCCAUCACUGAUCCCUAUCGACACGAUAUGGUGGCAGUGUUUGGCGAAACAACCGGUCAUUUGGCUCUCGAGAAACUAUACGACCGGAUGAGGAACGACAGCGAAGGCCAACAGAUACUCGAAGAUAAACCGCGGAUCAACUCAACCACUAUCGACAUCGAAAGGCUGGGAACACUGGCGGAGACGACGUUUGGCCGGCAAUACUAUAAUUUCUUAAAGAAUAAUAGAGUGACGCCCGACUCGCGAAUGGCCGUCAAGUUUGUAGACGACGUGCGUUUGGCCGAAGUUAUGCAACGGUAUCGCGAGACCCACGAUAUGGUGCACGCGUUGCUCGGAAUGCCCACUAAUAUGUUGGGCGAAGUAGUGGUCAAAUGGGUUGAAGCCAUUCAGACAGACCUACCGAUGUGUUGGUUGGGCGGUGUGUUCGGUGCCACCCGUUUGGCGCCCAAACAGCGCAAAAACUACGUAAACACAUGCCUUCCGUGGGCUCUUCGCUGUGGACACGAAUCCAAACUAUUAAUGAAUGUUUAUUACGAGAAAAGGUUUGAGCAAAACGUCGACGACUUGAGACGAGAGCUUAAUAUUCCGCCCAUUCCUUCCAUAUCGUGACC